AAAAAACAAAAAGAAAAAAAAGAAGCAUUUUUAAGAAAUUAUAUUUGAAAGCUAAGAACAAUAACUCCAUACACCAGAAGUCAUGCGAGCACCCUUUCUUUUCACCAUCAUUUCUCUACCGUUAAUUUGAUUUCUUUAUGGAUUUUCUCCCCUCCGCUGGAUUGUACAUAUUCUCAUCUAAAAACCCAUUUCAAUCUUGAAAAUUUUGGUCAUUUUUCUGUGAUUUUUCUCAUACUAGGAUAUAAGCCUCUUUUUUUUUUUUCUCUCUCUUUUUUUCUAUUUUGGUUCUUGGGCUUUGGUAUCUGCAACUCUUAUUUGGGUUUUUGCAGGAACCUUCCAUAAGCAGUAAUAAUUGGUUAAAAAGGCUUGUGAGAAAUAAUAUAUUUUUGCAGUUUUUGAAUUUUGUAAAUUUUUCAAAAGAAUCACUUUUUCUAUAUUUUCUUUUUUCUCUUUUUAAAAUUUUGUUGGAGAUUAAGGAGGGAAGAGAGAGCCAUGGGCAAGCAAGGGCCUUGCUAUCAUUGUGGAGUUACAAGUACCCCUCUUUGGCGGAAUGGGCCACCAGAAAAGCCAGUUUUAUGCAAUGCAUGCGGAUCCAGAUGGAGAACAAAGGGCACACUUACAAACUAUACCCCACUUCAUGCACGUGGGGAUAUUGUUGAUUCUAGGGAUUACAAAAUUACUAAAGUAAAAAGCAUAUCCAUCAAGAUCAAAGAGCCGAAACCGCACAAAAGAAAGCACUUCGAUGAUAAUGCAGAAGUUGAAGGUGAAGCACCGAAUUCUGGCCAGAACUUCCGAAGAGCUUUGGAGGAGGACACAAGCAAUAGAUCUAGUUCUGGAUCGGCAAUAUCGUACUCUGAGAGCUGUGGGCAUUUUGGCAGCACGGAUGCAAGUGAUAUCACAGGUUCAGCACAGUCCAUUGUCUGGGAUUCUCUUGUGCCUUCACGGAAGAGGACAUGCAUCGGUCGGCCGAAGCCGUCUCGUGUUGAAAAGCUCACAAAAGAUCUUUAUUGCAUUUUACAUGAGCAACAGUCAUCAUACCUCUCAGGAUCUUCCGAAGAGGAUCUGCUUUUUGAAACCGAAACUCCUGCCGAGAUAGGACAUGGAGGCAUUCUCAUCAAGCAUCCAUACUCUGUAGCCCGGGAGGAGGAAUCGGAGGCAAGCUCACUUCCAAUAGAUAACAAAACAUACACUGCAAAUGAUGCUUAUUCAGGGUCGACUUCCCUUCCUGUACAUAUUGAAAACAAAGGGAUGGGAAUCCCAAAUGUCGGCAAUGGAAAAGUUAAGAAGAUCAUAGGCCUAGGGGCUCAAGAAAAUACAAAAAGGGAUAAGCCUUCCCACGACAAGUUACAUUUUCUGUUAAAUAGCAACUCACCCCUAAAAUCCAUAGAUCUAAGAGAUGUCGUUAGCUUUGAGGAGCUCUCAAGAAAUUUCACACAUGAAGAACAACAGCAGUUGAUGAAACAUUUACCUUCUGUAGAUACAGCCAAAAUGCCCGACAGCCUUGAAAGCAUGUUUGAUGCUCCUCAGUUUGUGGAGACGUUAACUUCCUUUCAGCAGCUGCUUUUGGAGGGAGCCUUCGAUCUUUCUUUUCCAGGAGUAAAUGCAGAAGAGUGUAGGGUUUUGAAGAGGCUUGCAUUAGCCAAUUCGACAAAAUCCAAGUGGGUUGAACAGUAUAAAUUUCUCAAGGAUGCAAAACUCAAACAAAUGAUGGAAGGGAAGGGAGUGGGAGCCAGCUCCCAUGGGUGUGGCGAUUCAGCAUCAAUCAAGAGACCCCAUGAUGGCCAAAAUCAGAAUUUUCCAGAGCCAAAAGGCACUUUGAAAAGCCCCAAAAGAGUAAAUCAGUGCGGGAGCAUCAGUCUUCCAUCUACUAAGCCAAGUUCUAGCAGUGUUGGCACAAACACAAGCUACGACACUAAAGAUAUAGACAAUGAUGGAUCUUAUUUUAGCCCAAGAAGCCUGUUUGCUUUCCCACCGGACCAGAGUUCUGUCAUGCUGGAUUCUUUGAAGUUCACUGACAACAGCUCUGAUCAAGAUCUGCUGCUCGACGUGCCUUCCUACACAUCCUUCCCUCAGGCAGAGCUUCUAAACUGCCAUCUCUCGAAAUGGUCUCCCCCAAACAGUUCCCAGGCAGAGAAUCAAGACCUCAGGAAAGAAGAGGUGCUAUCCAACCGCUCAUCUUUGAGUUUCACCAGGCAACAGCCAAGUAACAGUAGCGUAGUGUACCCGUGCCUCAUCCUCCAUUGACAUGGUCAUCGAUGAUGCUACUACCAGCCACAUCGGUCCCAUUUAUAUGCAUGCCAAAAGAUACUAUUUUGUAAAUGGGUGUUUUGAGACGAUGCGAGCGCUUGCACGCUCAUGCAAUUGCUUCUGUCUUCUAUGGUGGAAUUAUGUGAUCCUCUAGCCGAUGAUAUGCCUAGUUUACUCGAGUUCUUAGUUUAUACAAGUGGGGCAAACGGUUGAUGAUCUAGGCCAUUGGUCUUCUGGGCCCCAUUAGGAUGGACCAUGCCCCAGGACCCUCCCAAAUUGGAAAAUCCUAGCCGCUCAUGUUGCACAAUUUUUCUAGUGAAUGUGGUUUGUCACUUCAUGUUGCUUCACCACAGAUUGCAAGGUUAGGAUUUCCUGGUCAAGAAGAUCUACCUGGCAUGGUACAUCUAUGCUGGGUUCUGAAAGACCCGUGCUUCAGAUCAGUGAGCCAUGGGCCCCACUGGUACAGACUGAAAAGUCAAGCAUUCUAUACAUGUUCUUGGCUUGGGCAUCUUAAACAGGAAUGGUGUUUUUUUUUUCCUUUUUUCCUUUGAUAUUGCUGAGUAUGCUGACCUGUUAUGAACUGGCAUAUUAAUGGGAUGAAAGUGGCUGGUUUUUGUA